GAAUGCUCGUCGAAUCCAUGUCGAAACGGGGGCACGUGCACUGACGCGGUCAACGGGUACAGGUGCACUUGUGCCCCCGGUUACACUGGACUCUAUUGUUCUGACGAUAUCGACCAGUGCCUGAACAAUCCGUGUAAGAAUGGCGGGACAUGUCAGAGCCAGGCAGGAAGGUUCACCUGCAGCUGUCCAGGUGGCUUCAUUGGCAGCACCUGCGAAAUCGAAGUUAACGAAUGCCAGUCGAAUCCGUGCCUGAAUGGCGGAUCGUGCUUUGAUCGAGUGAACUCGUAUUCGUGCAUUUGUCUGCCUGGCAUCGUGGGAACUAACUGUGAGAUCAACACCAAUGAGUGCUUGUCCAAUCCAUGCCAGAAUGCUGGGUCUUGUGUUGAUGGCAUCAAUUCUUACAGAUGCAACUGCCAGCCAGGCUGGAUUGGAAGCAACUGCGAACUAGACAUCAACGAAUGCUCUUCAAAUCCCUGCCGGAAUGGGGGCCAGUGUGAUAAUCUGCUGAACAUGUUCAGUUGUAGGUGUGCCCUGGGAUUCACUGGAAUCUUCUGCGAACAGAACAUAAAUGAUUGCCUCUCCAACCGAUGUAUGAACGGUGCUACGUGCGUAGAUGGCAUUGGUGCUUACUCGUGCACUUGUGUUUCCGGUUGGACCGGUCAGUUUUGUGACCAGGACGUGAAUGAAUGCGCUUCGAAUCCGUGUCAGUAUGGAGCCAGCUGCAGCAACAACUUCAAUUUCUUCACUUGCACGUGCGCACCAGGUUACAGAGGAGUCACGUGCUCGGAAGAUGUUGACGAGUGUGCCACC